AAUUUUCAGUUUCCACAUCACAGUUUAAUUUACUAUUAUGUUAUACCCAAAUAUUUCGUGAUUAUAGAUAAUAUGUCCGAAAUAGUUGUUGAAGACUCCAGUUCUGAUCCUGAUGAGAUUCAAGAGGUUUCAGAUUCCGGAGAGGAGGAGGAGGGGAGUAGAGUAUUCGUCUCCAAGAAGAUACCAACCGACUCAGAGUGGUUUUCACAGGUAUCUAAGAAAGAAAAGCGUUACCAACAAAAGCAUCUAAUUGAUCCAGAUGACCUUGAGAAGCUAGAAAUAGUGUGUACGUCCUGCUUCAAGACUAUAACCCACCUGGAGCAGGGUUCGGUGGUCCGACACCCGGAGUUGGGAGCUCCGGUCUGUAAGAACUGCAAGAAGUUUUAUCACCUUGGAGAAUGGACAAGAGGAGAGGAUGGUUCAUUCGAACAUUGUCGCUGGUGCGCUAAUGGAGGAGAACUGUUACUGUGUGAUAAAUGCAGCAAUGCGUUCUGUAAGAAGUGCAUCAAGAGAAACCUGGGACGCAAGAAAGUUUCCGAGAUUGAGGAGAUGGAAGAGUGGAGAUGUAUUGUAUGUGAUCCAGUUCAAAUAUAUAAACAAAGAUCAGUUUAUUACAGCAUUUAUAUGUACUUCAAAAAUGCGACACAGAGAGAGGAAGACAAAAAAAUAAAAAAGAAGAAUCUGGAAAAGGUUGAAUUCAUUCAGGACGUUUAUAAGGACGGGUUCGCUGUUAAUGAUAUCCUCAAGACAUAUCUGGAAAGAGCGCAGAAGAAUUGGGGGAAGAAGGCAGAUAGUGGAAAAGUAGAGGAUGUUUUGAAAACUAUUAAAAAGAUACGAACUAUUAUCAAAAUAACAAAACACAAUCUUAGUGUGAUGGAAGAGAACUUGUUGGAGCAGGUUAAAACUAAAUUUCCGGAAAUCCAUGACGCAGACCUAGAACCAGAGAAGAUUGCUAUACCCGGAGAAGAUCAAACGAAUCAGUCCGACUCCGGGUCCUCCAGAUCAUCUAGAGCUGAGGCACCCAGUGUGAAGAGUACUGAACCUACCCCGAGCUCUUCAAAAAGCAGUCCGGGGACAGGGGGAUCACAAAACCUGAAAGAAUCUUUGGAUAAGAAGUCAGAAACAUCAAACCAGAAAACCGAAGUAUCGGAAACGAUAUCAAGUUCGGAAGUGAAAUCAGAAAAAUCGGAUAAGCCUACAACAUCGGAAAACAAAAAAGCAGCAAUCCGUAUUCGAACCGUGCACGACAUCAAUGAGAACUCGGACCGAGAUCACGAGAACAUGUCCCCCGUCAGUAUCACACAUGAGGAGGAUAAAGGUGCUGAACCCCAGGAGAAGGAUGAGGAUGAACUAGAUGAAAGUGUUGUUGAAAUUACACCUGACGGGACGGAGAAAGUGACACCCUGUGGCGAAAAAUCUAAAUCAGAAAGGAAGUUCUCCAAAAUUAAAAAAUCCUCGAUAAUUGAAGAUAAAUUCUCCAGAAAUGUUGAACCCAAAAUCCUUGACGAAAAGUCAAGAAAAGAGUCCGAGUUAUCUCCUGGAACUUCCCGGGUUCGGAUAAAAACUGUUGAUGAUAUUAAUGAAAAUUCCGACCGAGAUUUUGGAAAUAUAUCUCCGAUUAGUAUUACACACGAGGUCGGAGAAGAGGAGGAGAGUUCAGAAGAAAAGAAUUCAACAGAUGAUCAAGUUGAGACGAAGAAAGACAAUCCACAAGGUGAGAACAAGAAGAAGAAAAAUAAGAAGGAAAUUAAAGGUGAGAAGGACAAUGAGAAUGAAAUCAAGCCCAAGAACAAGGAAAAAGAGAAGAGAGGAAGUAAGGAUAAGAAGAAGGAGGAUAACCUGAAAGAGAAGAAGACUGAAAAUAAAGUUCCUGAAGAUUCUGAUGAAAACUGUGAAGAAGGCGAGGCCGGGGUGGAAAUAACUCCAAUGCAAGAUGUUGAAUUUGUUCCUAAAUCAAGUGAUAAACCCAAUAAACAGGACGAGAAAGAUAGUUUAGAUCUAGAAAAAACCACUAAAGACACUUCCACGGAACACGCAGUUGUUUCCAAAGAUAUUGAAACUCCCAAAGACAAAGGAGACUCUACCCUUGGCCUAAAGACAAGAAAAAGUUCCAAAGACGGAUCGAACGCGGAAAACUCUGAACCUGUGAUUGAGAAUGCAGACUCUACUCCUGUUGACAUAAUUGUAGAAAUUACUGAAGAGAUUUGUGUUAAGAAACCUAAGAUAUUAGAAGGAGUAACCACCACCCCGGCUAGUGAUGAACAUUUGUCAAAUUGCAACCUGAAUCCUGAACCUGAGAAUCAGGAUUUAGAAAACUCGGAUAUUUUCGCAGAAAGUGAUACCGCAGAGCCGGAUGAAAAUCAUAAUUUAUCCGGAAAUGAUACCUCUAAACUUGUGCCAGAUAAAUCUAAUGUGCCAAACAAUUCUAAAAAGUCCGUUUUAGAGAAAGCAGAAAUUCCUACCCUUGUAGGCAAGAUAAAUGCCGAUAAGAUGAAGAAGUUACAGGCCCGUUUAGGCGGGGUAGCGGAAACCUCAGAUGAAGAUGAUAAUAAACAGAAGGAUCAAAAAUCCACAAGGAAUUCUAAACAUAAAUCCGCGAAAAACGCAGACCAAGAAUCCACCAAAAAUUCUGACCAAGAAUCCACCAAAGGUUCAGAUAAAGAAGAAACUGCAACAAAGAAAAAGACUAGGAAUAAAACUACCGACAAGACGGAUAUAAGCAAGGACAAUAAAAAGAUGUCAUCGACCAAACGAUCUAAGGUGACGGACAAAGAUAAGAAAUGUUCUGAUAAAACAAUAUCUCUUUGUCAGUUCACUUCGUCGGAUGAUGAUUCUGCACUGAGACCUGGAAAAUCCACGAAUGGAGAAGAGAAAAUAGAAAAACCUGGAAGUGUCGCUAAAACUUCGAGCGAUGAUGAAAAAGAGAAAUAUGAAAGGUUGAACAAAGAGGCCAAAGCCGCAGUCCUCAAUUCCAGUGCUUCGGAGGAUGAAAAUACCUCCAAGGUUGAGACCAGUACUCCCAGGAAACCAGAGUCAAAAUCCCUUGAGGGCAUGAACAGAUUAGAGGCUGAGAAACGAUCAGAUACUGAUAUUGAAAGGCUGAAUGAGGAAGCUAAAGCUGUUGUUCUUCAAUCAACCUCUUCCGAUAACGAACCCCUGAAGAAGAUCGUGGAUCAGGAGGCAGGAUCACCAAGGAAGAAACUGAAGACGAAAAGAGAACUUGAUAAGAUCCGACGGAAGAGCGGACAGACGGAUAACCUAGAAGAAGAUACAUCUGACGAAGAAGAUUUAGGUGGACAAAGAUCAAGAAAGAGGAAGAUAGAAGAUGUAUCUUCGGAGCAGAAGAAAAAACAGAAGGUUGGAUCAAAUUCUGAAGAUGAGGUUGAAGACGAGAAGAGUAAAUUAGAUUACGAUCUGUCGGAUAUAGAUAUUGAAAACCUACGUCCUUGUUGGGUCGAAAUCUGUAGACUAAACCCAGGAGUCAGAAGAGAACUUAGAAAGUAUCGCAAGGUGGCACUGUCAGAAAAUCCCGGACUUCUCAAAGUUGUCCGUCCUGCUCCCGGCUCCGAUAUUGAAAGGUUAUGUAAUCUUAAAUCCAUACACGGAAAGCAUCCCGGGAAGAAUGCUAAAGGAUUAAAAGUUGGAUCUAAAAAUGAGCGGAGAAAGAAGAAGGAUGGUUUGGAAGAUAUGAGCAGUGAAGAGGAGGAUCAGGGUAUCAUGGAGAACCCACAAUCAGAAGACGAAACUCGCACUUCUUCCAACCGUAAGGAUGAAAACUCUGUCGCUAAAGCUGCAGUAUUAGCGUCGUCCAGCGACGAAACCGGAGCUGUCUCCGACGGGUCCACUGCCCCAGUGGUUCCGGAAGAACCUAGAAAGAAGACGGAAACGAACGGAGGAGAGAAGCGUGAAACUAAAUCUAGUUCUAAACCCGGCAUUCUCAGCAUGAAACUCAGUGAAACAGAAACCAGUGAAGAUGAAGCCAAAUUUAGGAAAAAAUCUAAACCGGUGGCCAAGGAGUCCGACUCGGAUGCACAUUCUGACGUGGCUCCGUCCGGAAGCAAAAAACGGAAAUCCGGCCGGGUCCGAAAACACGUGGUCGAGUCCGACGAUAACGACAGUAAUUUCGAGGCUCUCAGUGACGAGGACCAAGAGGAAGAAGAAGAGGAGGUAAACUCGGACGAUUCUGAAAUAAUACCGAAGAAGAAAACUCGAAGACGUAAAGCUUCGACGAGUAGCGAGCAGAGUGGGUCGGAGAACGAGGAGAAACCCAAGAAACGUCGGCGGAUCAAACACAACAGCGAGAGUGGAUCAGGAUCAGAUGACGAGAACACGUCGAAAGGACGACACAAGAUUCGAAAAGUCAUCAAAGAUAAACAUUUGACGGACGAAACCAAAACGGCGGCGGCCGAGGAGCGUGAGCGGCGGCAACGAAUGGAAGAACGACAAGCGGCCUACAACAAAAUGUUUAGUCUCCCUGAAAGUGACAAGGAGACCGUGGAUCAGCUGGUUCUCGACUUCGACCCCGACACCAAGGAGGUCCUGGUGGAAGUGCAUAAGAAGUUGGUGACUAAACUGAAACCUCAUCAGGUUCGGGGAGUUAAGUUUAUGUGGGACGCAUGUUUUGAGUCUAUAGCUCAGAUAGAGGCUGGGAAGGUACCUGGAGGAGCGAUCCUUGCGCACUGUAUGGGCCUGGGGAAGACCCUGCAGACUGUGACUCUGAGCCACACCGUGCUGACCAACGACAGGGUUGGAGUCAACAGGGUUCUCGUUAUCUGUCCCGUCAACACUGUCAAGAACUGGGAGGACGAAUUCGAGAAAUGGUUAAAAGGUAGUAUGGAACUGGACGUGUUCGGUAUGUCCGGAGAGAAGGAUAACUGGGGUAGAGCAGACAAGCUCCAGGCCUGGUUCAGGGAGGGGGGAGUUCUAAUCAUAGGAUACGAUAUGUUCAGAAACCUAACCAACGAAAAGAAUAAGAAGUUUAAAAGUAAACAGAGAAAUAUAUUCAACCAGUGUUUGUUAGACCCUGGACCAGAUCUAAUUGUUUGUGAUGAAGGACAUCUUCUCAAGAAUGAGAAAUCUGCCAUCAACCAGGCGGUUAACAAGAUAAAGUCGUUGAGAAGAAUAAUCCUGACCGGAACCCCACUACAGAACAACUUGAAGGAGUACUAUGAGAUGGUCAACUUUGUUAAACCCUCCCUGCUCGGGACCAGGAAGGAGUUCAUGAAUAGGUUUGUCAACCCUAUCGUGAACGGACAACACUCCGACUCCAUGGAUCGGGAUAUUAGGAUCAUGAAGAAGAGAUCAUUCAUCCUUAAUGAUCUUCUCAAGGGUUGUAUGCAAAGAUUAGAUUACCACGUGUUAGUUCCGUAUCUCCAGCCUAAACUGGAGUACGUUAUCUCCAUCAACAUGACGGAUCUACAGAGCAGGCUGUACAAGUUCUACCUGGAGAACUACGCCAAGGCUGGUCAGGUCGGACUGGACGGAAAGCUAGAGGGAGGAAAGAAAGGGGGAUUGUUCUAUGAUGUACAGAACUUAUCAAGGAUCUGGAAUCAUCCUUAUAUUCUUCAUUUAUCCAAACUUAGGAAAAUGGACAAGGAGCAGGAUGAGGAUGAUGAGGAAGAGGAGGGAAGUUUAAAGGAUUUUAUUGAUGAUGAUGGAACUAGUGAUGAGGAGAGUGUAGGUUCGGAUAGUGAUAUCCAGGAGGUGGAGGAGACAGGGGAGGAGAAGAAGAGAACUACUAGGGGGGAUAAGUGUGAAGAUCUGGUUGGAGGUUUGGGAGAUCUACCCCUGGAGUCCUCCUCUAGAGGAUGGUGGAAUCAACUCCUAAAGGAUGAGGAAAAUAUUGAAGAACUACAGUUUGGUAAUAAAAUGGUGCUUCUAAUGGACAUUCUCAGAGAAUGUGAACUCAUCGGUGAUAAAGUUCUAGUAUUCAGUCAGUCCCUUCUCUCCCUGGACCUAAUCGAGGAGUUCCUUGCUCGGGAACAUGAGAACCAGGAGAAACUACUUAGGAAGAACGAGGCAGCUCCGGGUACCAUCGGAACCUGGAUACUCGGGAAGGAUUAUUACAGGUUGGAUGGAAGUACUGCUGCUGAGACUAGAAAAGUUUGCUGUAAAUACUUCAACAAAGCCUCCAGUCAUAGAAUGAGAUUAUACCUGAUCUCUACCAGGGCUGGAGGACUAGGAAUCAACCUGGUCGCAGCCAACAGAGUUAUUAUAUUUGAUGCAAGCUGGAAUCCCAGUCAUGAUGUUCAAUCCAUCUUCAGAGUUUAUAGAUUCGGUCAGACAAAACCUGUUUACAUUUACAGGUUUUUGGCAAAAGGAACAAUGGAGGAAAAGAUCUAUGAUCGUCAAGUUACAAAACAAUCCCUGGCAGCUCGUGUAGUUGAUGAACAGCAGAUAGAACGACACUUUACAAUGGGAGAACUAGCGGAACUAUAUGAGUAUGUAGAGGAACCUUUAUCCGCUAAACCUACUCCUAGUGUACCAGAGGAUAGGCUGCUAGCGGAGCUAGUGGAUAAACAUAAAGAGUUGAUCUGGAAGUUUCAUCAUCACGAUUCUCUGCUGGAGAACAAGGUUGAUGAGAAUCUAACUGAAGCUGAACGUAAAGCUGCCUGGGAGGAAUACGAGAACGAGAAGAAGGGUCUCAUCCAGACCAACGUCGGGAUCGAGAACAUAACCGCUUUCGGGGCCAUGCUCCAGGGUAUGCUCCCCCGCUCCGGGGAUGGGAGGGUGAUGGCCAGCCCCAUCAACCCAAUGGCGAUCCAGCACCAGUUGAAGAGCAUGAACCCUGAGUUAAGCCACGAGGAGCUGGUUAUGAGGACAAGGUCUGCUAUUAUGCAGCUUCAAAAUUUGCACCGAACACAGACCCCAGUGAUAAUGAAUCAGAAUACACUAGGAGUAGGACAAAGACAGGGCCCAGGAUACGAUCAAUCCUUCUAUCAGCAGGAGAUGGCCAAAGCUAAAGCGAUGAUAAACCAACAAUACCCUGGCAUGUACAGGUUUGGGUUCCGUGGCGCAUCACAGCAUGCACCAGGCGCCGCCAUGGCAAUGAUGCCGCGUCAGAUUACACCGAUGUUCAAACCCAACUCUGGGCCUCCGGAGGAGAUUGUCAUAGAAGACGACAAUGAUUCUCCUGUGGUUAUCUCCCAAAGACGAGUAGUUCGUCCUCCGGCCGCCAGAGGCCGUGGUGGACGACGAGGAAGACCAAGACUAGAUCCAGAUACAGACUUAGAUUUCUCUCCUGAACCGAGCAGUACAACCGCACAUCAAGCACUAAUCCAGCAAUUACAAGCUCAAGGCAUGUCAGUGAAACCAUCUUCAGGAAACGAGAGCUAGGUUGCAUCUAGCUCCAUCUAGUUCCAGGAGAACCUGAAUCUUGACCCGGAGUAUGGUUUUCACUCAUCACCAGAUAAAAAGAGAAUGAGUAAAAGAAACAGUUAUUGUGCAUUGAAUACUUAGUUCUAAUUCUGGUUCUCAGGUUCUAAUAAAAGUAUUAAAACCUAUAGUCCUCGUUAUAAAGGACUAACAACAUCUCUUCUGCUUCGUGAAGAAGUUUAGUUCAUAAACAAGAAAAAAUUGACAAAAUUACUCAAACAAGUACAACCAUCCAACCAACCAUCCAGUAUGUAUUGAUGACUUAAACCAAACCUGUAUCAGUUCCCAGCAAACAAUAUUUGAUAAUAGCUCUGCAGCUUUUUUUCAAGUUGUUGGAACAGUGUAGGACUUUCUUACAGUCGCCUUUGUUUAGUUAAAAUUUAUGUAAAUUCUAGCUUUUACUUGAGAUAUGGAUUCUUUACUCUGUAGAUCCGAGAAAUAAACAAAAUAACAUUGCUUUAUAA